CAACGCGAAGAAGAGGAGAGGAAGAAGCGUGAGAAAGAAGAAGAAGAGCGUAGACAGAGAGAGAAAAAAUAACGGGAAGAGUUUCAGAGGGAGAUGCACAGGGAGAUGUCGCUGAAACUGGAUAAAGUGUGUGAGGCGGUGGGAGGAAAAAAGAACGGCGAAUCCGAGGAAAUCAAGGAACUAAGAGCUCUGGUGGAGUCUUUGAAUCGACAGUGUAGUAUGGGUGGGGUGAUAGAUCGCAAGUCCGGUAAUGACGAUGAGGUUGUACGACUGCGUGCGGAGGUUUAUCGAUUGAGUAGGCGGAAUGAUGGCGCCAGUACCUCUGCCACAAUUACGGGUGUUGCCAGGGAAACUGACAAACUCAUUCGGAUCCGACGUGAACAAGUGGAGGCCAAGACAACUAUGGAUAAGCGCCUGGCAGGCAUGGAAGAAGUCAUAUUCGCCCUGCAAAAGCAAUAUGAAUCGGUCGAGGCUAACGCGGAGGUUUGGAGAAAUGAGGCUUUAUGCCCUGGAAUAGCAUUGCAAUUGGUUGCACCCCGGUCAGCAAUGCUCGAGUUCGUCCGAAGGUUGCUGAAGGAGAUGAGAUUGUGGGAGGUCAAUGCUAUGAAGGAAUCGGAAGAGGAAGUUAAACGACUGAAGGUGGCGAUGGCAAAAUUGGGAACUGAAAAGAAGACGAAGGGCACCAAUCUUAAAGCAAGACUAAACGAGGCGGUUGGAACAUCGUCGAAAAAGGAUAAAGGUAAGUGUCCUUUGACUCCUGCUGAACAGGCGUGCAAGAGGGAGGUUUUCGUUAGAGAAGCACGUAAGCAGCUUGGUAAUCUGAAGAAAGAAGAUAUCAUGGGUAUCUGUGAGAAAGAGGGUAUCGAGUACACUAAGCUUGAUCCAACGAAGGAGGCUAUUGUGCAGUUAAGGGCGGAUCGUGCUGGGUUAGAUGCUAAUAAGGAUGACGUCAACGGUGUUUCGGUUGUCGAAGUUACCAAGGACGGGGGUGACUCCUCCGCUAAGAGCGACGGGCAUGACUCUGCUACUUCUUAGGGUCAUGCCCGAGCGCGACUUUCCUUUGGCAUGUAGUAAUGAUUUGAUGUAGAAUUCGUGCGUCGUCCGUUGAGCUAUUGCGGUGUAGG